AUGUGGACGUCAAGGAUAGCGUCAGUAGCGUCUCGUUUAUCGAAGUCUUUCGGAAGGCGAUAUUUGCUCUCAGAAGCGUUUUCUUUGGAGAAAGAAUGGGCAUCUCGGCAUGUUGAGAUGACCAAAUUAGGAUUAGGAGGUGAUUAUGAAUGGAUAAGUGCUGUACAAAAGAAGUUUACUGGAGGCGGUAUAGCAAGUGCCAUCGACGUUGACGCAGCUGUCUGUGUUGCUGAGCAAAAAGAUCAGGUGGAUGAUGUGGUCGAAUUGCUGUACAAGUUGCGACAUAGCGAGAACGCAGCUGACCUCCCACCUUCUGCGGAAUAUGCACUCAUUCGACUUUUACUUCAACACGAUCCAUCCUUUUUGUUCAAGUUGGCUGAUGACCCGAUCAACUACGGGAUUUUUAUGAACGAGCAUGCCGCUUGUUUAGCAAUCGACCAUUUCAUCAAACGGAAUGACUUUAGAGGUGCCGCUCGAUUGGCUGCAUGGGUAAUGCAACAGGAAAUGACUGAAAACGAGCUGUUGAAUCUUUUGGUUCUCUAUUCGUGCACAAAAUGGGCGGAGCUUCCUGCUGAAGAGCAGACCAUGCCACUUACAGAAGUUGAAGAGGAGGAAGUCAACGAUGACGAUAUUAGAACAUUCAAAUUUCCGUAUCUGAAGAAUGCUUACUUCGAUUCUCAUUUCGAUCUCACCGAUCCGCACCAACUUGCGGGCAAGACGUUGCUAUGGGUAGCACGUGAUUCUCGUGCAUUGACCGAACCAAUAAGACAAUCUCUGAGACUUCUUGGAGCCGUUUUAUAUAACAGGCUAGAUUUGGCGUCGACAUUAGCUUCAUCCUCCACUCAUGGUGGGGUAGCGGAGAUCAUUCGACAGAGGUUCACACCGGCAGAAGGGGAGGAACCGUCGGAACAACAAAAGGUGAUACUUGACAAGUUGGAAGGUUGCAAACCAUCAGAAAGCUCAUUCAGUUCAGCCAUCUUGGAUAUUUUGGAAAGCGUCAAGGAAAAGGAGGAGGAAGCUCUGGCAACUCAACAAAAAGAAGAAUUCACAAAGUGGCAUAAGCGGCGGCAGGAUUUGAUAAAAGCACAAGCUGACCGACUUUUAUUGAAGGUGCGUGCGGAAGAAAUCGCAAAAGAACUUGCUGAGCUCGAACACCAUGAAGAAAAGUUGAGCUUUUUCGAAAAUCGUCUCAAUUGGGAGAAAAAGGCUGCUCAAAAUGCCGAGAUCAUUGCGCAGACAACUUCUCAAGAAGCUGAAGCCGAAAAGUCAUAA